AUGGAUGCGAUGGAGCACGAGUUCUUGCCAAUUCCUUCUCUGCUUCUUCUAGGUCCGAGGAGGUUGUCGAGUGCUUCGUCCAGUGCCCUCGAAAUCAGGUACCCGCUGGAUUCACUGUUGAAGAACGAGUACUGGAGCCGGAGGAAUGAUUGUUUCCGGUGGCAGGUGGUGGCGGAAGGCAGUGGCCUAGAGACGAUGUUGUGUGUAAUGACAGGGAGUGAUGUGUUGAGGAGCAGAGGUUCGAUCUCGGGGUUAAUUCGCCCUUAGUCCUUGCGUAAGAUAUCAAAUGGAUGAAAGACAUGUCUGGGGUAGUUCAAUUUUCAGGAAGGGUAUACAGGAGAACGACCAAAGGUGUUGAAUAUUAGUUGAAGCAUCCGCAGCAGAGGAUACGACUAUCACUGCAAGUCUGCAACUUUGGCCGCUGCUAAGGCUCGACAAUCGAACGGUGAAGUUUAAUUGGAAGAUAGGGAGCGUGCUCCAGAGGCUACCCCUAGUGGUAAACAGUUAUCAAUGAUUAAACCUGAUUCCAUUAGAUCAAGUAGCGUUCCUCCAGCUGUAGUUUGGUUAUAUCAAACGGUUAGUGUAAAUUCUAUAUUGGCGUCGAAUUCGACCAUAUGCUAAUUUUUGCAUACAUUACACUAUUAGGAGAUUGGGUUCUCUGUGAUGUGAUUUUUAUAUAUAAUUUGGUCGGCAUUAGGACAAGUUUCUACUAUAAUUCAAUUUAGCUUUCUCCUUAUAUCA